CAAUAACACGAGAUCCUAUCCCGCGAGGUCAGGGUGAAAUGUCCAAACAGAGCUACAGGUUUUGCUGUAACGCAACAUUUUCAUUUCUAAAACUCUCUACUGCAUAACUCUCCCAAUUGCUAAUACGAUCCGAUUCCAAUUAGAUCUAGGGUUUAUCUUUCUCUGUAGUUCGCCACCUCUCGCCGGAAACUAUAACAGAAUUUCCGGCGCCGGCUUCAAGGAUCUUGCACUGGUGUCUGAUACACUGGCAAAAUGCACUCCAAAUCGGCGCAGUCAUCGUUUAGGGAUCGGACGCUUGAAUUUCAUAGCAUUGCGGAGAGGUUGAAGAAGUCGGGAUCAGCGCCGAAUGGACAAAGCAGCAAUUCAUCGAGAUUGGAGGAGCAGCGAUCUGCAAUUACAAAUCAAUCAGAGUUCAACAGAAGAGCUUCCAAGAUUGGCUUCGGGAUUCACCAAACGUCUCAGAAGCUCGCCAAGCUUGCCAAGUUGGCUAAGAGGACCUCGGUUUUCGAUGACCCUACCAUGGAAAUCCAAGAGCUUACGGGGGUAAUUAAGCAAGAUAUCACUGCGUUAAACUCUGCGGUUGUGGAUCUUCAAUUGCUUUGCAACUCAAGGAACACGAGUGGGAACGCUUCCACCGACACCACUAUGCAUUCAACAACGGUGGUUGAUGACCUCAAGACGCGGCUGAUGGGCGCCACUAAAGAGUUUAAAGAUGUUCUCACCAUGCGAACUGAGAACUUGAAAGGGCACGAGAAUAGAAGACAGCUGUUUUCGGCCUCUGGUUCUAAGGAUUCUGCAAAUCCUUUUGUCCGGCAACGGCCGUUGGCUACCAGAUCGGCUGCUAGUAGUUCUAAUGCCCCUGCUCCACCAUGGGCUAGUGGAUCAUCUUCAUCUCAGUUGUUUGCUAAAAAACAGGUUGAUGGGGAGAGUCAACCGUUGCUGCAACAGCAGCAACAAGAGGUAGCCCCAUUGCAAGAUAGCUACAUGCAAAGCAGAGCUGAAGCUCUUCAGAAUGUUGAGUCCACUAUUCACGAGCUUAGCAACAUCUUUAAUCAGCUAGCAACACUUGUUUCCCAACAGGGAGAAGUUGCCAUCAGGAUUGAUGAAAACAUGGAUGAUACAUUGGCAAACGUAGAGGGGGCUCAAGGGGCUUUAUUAAAGUAUCUGAACAGCAUAUCUUCUAAUAGGUGGCUGAUGAUCAAGAUUUUCUUUGUAUUGAUAUUUUUUCUUAUGGUUUUCUUAUUUUUUGUGGCAUAGUAAUCCCGAUGACAGAGAAAUGAAAACGAGGACACAAAUGACGCCUUUCUUACUGGUGAUAAGCGUUUUGUAUUUCAUUAAUAUUUCUUUCUCCAAAUCUAUAUUCAUUCCGGCAGAUUUUAGCGUAGGACCAAGUUUGUCAAAUGUUAUACUUGUACGUAUCGAGGUUGAGAACUUGGUGCAUUGCAUAUUGUCGAUUUA